UCCCUUUAGCCCUUCCCCUCCUAUCCCCAAAUCUAAACCUAGCUAAAUAUCUGCUUCAAUGGCGAAUGCGGAGGCGGAGGCCGUCGAUUUCGAGCCUGAGGAGGACGAUCUUAUGGACGAGGAUGUCGGCGAUGGCUCCCCCAACCGAGCCACCGUUCCUCGCCUGAAGUCCGCCAUCACCGGCGGCGGCUCCUCCACCGCUCCAAAGAAGACCAAGGGCCGCGGGUUUCGCGACGAGGCCGCUGCUGAAGCGGACCGAAAUGCUCGCAUGUCCGCCCCCUUCGAUUCGCUCGAUUCAGAAGGCGGUCCUGGCCCCGAACGAUCUAUUGAAGGAUGGAUUAUUCUGGUUACUGGAGUUCAUGAAGAGGCUCAAGAGGACGAUCUGCAAAACGCAUUUGGUGAUUUUGGAGAGAUAAAGAAUUUACACUUGAAUCUCGAUCGUCGUACGGGUUUUGUCAAGGGCUAUGCUCUAAUUGAAUUUGAGAAGUUUGAGGAGGCACAGAGAGCCAUAAAUGAGAUGAAUGGAACUGAACUCCUAACCCAGACAAUGAAUGUUGACUGGGCGUUCAGCAAAGGUCCAUUCAGAAGAAGGAACAUUAGGAGGAGGUAUGUGAUCUCAAAUUCUCUGCAACAACAAUAUAAGUCCCUCUGUUCUUUCUAAAUGUCUAACUCAAAUUAUGGGUUCUUAUUACUGUUGCUCAUAGUAUAGGACUAGGAAAUAGCUGUACCAAACAUGAUAGUGCUCCCCAUGUACUUUUGGAGCCAGAGGUAAUGUGCAGAGCUUGGGAAAUACUGAUACUGGAAAUGUGCAUGUGUCACUUAUUACCUUAACAGACAAAUACAUCAUUUGGAAUGUUGUUGAGGGGGCAUGUUAAAUAUUUUAAUUAUCAGUUAGGGUUUGUAAUAAUUCAGACAUGGUGAAUCAAUGUUAGGAUACGUAACCUUGAAAAAUCUCUCCACUUUGAAUAUGUUAGAUGACACUCUUCAAAUCUAGUUUUGAGUGACCCAUAUUAGGUUGGUAAUAAUUUUGAAUUGUCUUGUAGUGGGAGUUGGAACAACCACAUUAUAAAAAGGGCAUGUAAUUGGGGAUUAAAAAGUUUACAAACCCUCUUUUCAUGUCUGGAUCCUAUCCGACUGUUACUGUUUUGUGAUUCAUCAUUUUUAUUGAAAUCUUCUACAGAUCACCUCGGGGUCAUCAUUCCAGGAGUCCAAGGAGGAGAUUCUGAUCAUGGUGGCAUGUGAGAGUUUUUGGCACUUUGAUUUAGAGUGAAGAUACAAAUGUGAAUCUUUGUUAACUUUUAACAAUGUGUACGAUUGUUGUUUCUGUUGUCAGUUUUCGUUCAUUGACUUCAUUUCAGCUGUAUUAACGUAUUUAUGAGGCUUCUUUGGAUUGCUCUUCCUGGCUUGCUAUUUAUAUAGGUUGGUACUUUAGUUGAAGGAUGUUCCAAUGUUGUGUUCUUAUUGAUUCCGAUCAGUGUAUUCAUUGCCUUUUUGAUUGGUA